CCAAUCACACACGCGAUGACGAAACGCACUCGGUGGCGCUGUCGGACACGACGACCACGCCCCGUUCACGACACGCGUACGUGGACGAUGCGUACGGUAAUAGCUUGCCACCGGAUCUGCUGGCCUUCCCGGCCCGUGUGCCACCCACCUCGCCCUCGAUGCAGUCCUCGCAGUCGAACAUACCCGAUCAGGUGAUCUACGGCAUACGCUCCCCACCGCCACCGCUGACCAGCCCCGUCUACGCGCACAUGACGCCCCACGGCAUCUACGGCACCACCACCACCACCACGAUGGCGGCCCACAACGGCUUCAUGACUCUGCAGCAUCCCAAGUCCCGUAAUCUCGCCCUCAUCGCCACCGCCAACAGCCGCCACCAGCAGCAGCAGCAGCAGCAGCAACACCUGGCCGCGGCGCUGCACCAUCAGCCAUCCGGCUCCUCCUCGGCCUCGCCCUUCCUGCCAGCGCCCGUUGUCUACUCGCCGGCCUCCAGUGCCGUCGUGAUGAAGCAGGGCUACAUGACCAUUCCGCGCAAGCCGCGCGUGCCCAGCUGGGCGCCGAGCACAUCCAAUGCGGCUGCCGCGGCGGCUGCUGCUGCCGCUGCCGCCGCUCAGCAUCAGCUCGGCGAAUUCCAGUCGCCCACUUCGCCGAAUCCCAGCGAAACGGGCACGGCGACAACUGUGGAGCUGCAGGCGGAACCGGUCUACGAUAAUUUGGGACUGCGCACGACGGCGGGCGGCAAUUCGACGUUGAAUUUGCACAAGGCACAGGGUGGCGGCGGGUCACAGGGUGCACAGCAGCAGCAGCAGUAUACAAUGCGCGAUCGGCCAUUGCCAGCCACGCCCAGCUUGACAUCGGUGGCCUCGGCCACGGCCAGCAAGAUUUACGAGCCCAUACACGAGCUAAUACAACAGCAAGCACAGCAGCAACAGCAACAGCAGCAACAACAGCAGCAGCAGCAGCAGCAGCAGCAACAACACUUAUACAAUUCGGAUACGGAACCGUUAUAUGGCGGACGUCAUUACGGUAUUACGAUAUUGCCCGGCUCGAGCAUUAGCGGCGCUGGCUUGAAUUCGCCUGGUGCUGCUGCGGCAGCUCCGCCAAUGGCUAUGGGAACGGGGGCGCCUGGGGGCGAUUCGCCCAAAAUGGCCAAGAUACCGCCCAGGCCGCCGCCAAAGCCCAAGAAGAAAAUGUCCGUCACGGCGACGCGCAGCGGCCAGGGCAGCACAAGUCAGCUGUUCGAUGACGAGGGCGAAGACGGCACCGAGGUUUAAUUUGGCAUAAAUGAACACACAGACAGAUGCCCCAACACCCAGCCCCUCCACUUUUAGCACUCUCUAUCACUCUCUACCCCUGCCCCUCAACUAGAAAGCGAAUUCAUUUGAAAUCGCCUUUAAGCCCCAGCCACAGCAGCGAAUUGUAAAAAUGAUCUAAAAAUGGCCACGAGAGAGAAUCCAACAAAAUGGCCGACAGCAGAACUGCACGCUUAACAGCGACAGCUGCUCAUUCUGCACUGCUAAGACAGCCUAACUUCACUCCUAACAGCGACAGCUGCUCAUUCUGCACUGCUAAGAGAGCAGAGCUUUACUCUUAGCAGCGACAGCACUGUUAGAGCUACAAUUGCAGCAGCAGCAGCGUAUUAAGAGAGACAGACAGCAACGGGAUGUCCUGCUCUGCCUGCUUGCUGUUAUACACACACACGCACUCUCUCUCUCUUUCUCUGAUCCACAGCGUGUGGAUCUGUCUAUCGCACGUGCCGCUAAGCGCGUGCCUUGUGUGCCAAACCGACUGAUGUAGAAUUUAGUAAUUAAAGCGAGAAACGAUACGAAACACAACACACACACAAAAGCAACAGCAAAUCAAAGAAGACGAACAUGUGAAGCGCCAGCAGCAGAAGCAGCGACGCCAGCAGCAGCACCGACGCAGCCACGGCAACAGCUGCUAUGCCCCACAGGGUGAACCAGGCAAAUAUAUAUUGAACAAAAAGGACAGUACGUAAACAAAGUAAAUAAAACGAAACAACAAAAACAAGAAUACAAACAAAUAAAAACUAAAUAAAAUACAUAUUAGCACAAGAGUAUGUAAAAAUCCCAUUUUAAUAAUACAUUAACAUAAACCUUCGAAAAAUUCUCUCU